AUGGAUGAACGGGAAACGGCUGACUGCAUCGCCUUCUCGAGUUUUAUUGAAUGCUAUGGACAACCGUUAGUUGACCUUUCGCUGUACGUUUCGAGUGAAAACUACUAUGCAAUUACUUCACCUGCAUAUGGAUCCCUUCUGCAAUGGCCGAACCAGUGGAUACUGCCGCCUCGACUACGAUCAAGGGCAAAGGCUCGCACAGAACACCUUGGACUAUCGCACCUUGACCUAGAUGCAACAGAAGAGAGGCAAAAGGAGCAACAAGAUGGACGACAGACGCUAUCUGCAUCAGGUCAGAUACCAAAGAGUCUUGCUACAAAAUCCCAAGAAACGAUAAGUGGGCUCCUAAGUAAAUCGUCGCAGCAAAGUCGCAUCCGACUAGAUGGAUUAACAGAAGAAUUCGUGAACCCACUGGAAGAGCUACUGGACGGGAAAGGAUACCUAUUGAAUGAUGAUAUGCCGUGUAGUCUAGAUUGUGUGGCACUGGGAUACCUGUCACUGGCGAUUUUUCCAGAGACGCCGUCACCAUGGCUUCGAGAAGGCGUGCAUAAAUAUUCGCCGCAACUGGUGAGGUAUUUUGAGAAGCUCCAAUUGAAAUGCUACGGCGGAAAGGUUGAAUCAGUCGAUACUGGUCGGACUGCAACAACACUGCCGUGGCAGGAAUCUGAGCCAGCAAGUAUAGCAGGGAUCGGUCUUAGUAUUGCAGAGUCUCUUGCAGAUGCCAUCCCAAUCGUGAGAGACAUACGGGCCAGCAGGCGCAUUCAACAGCUGAGCGAAAACGUUUCUGCUGAACGGGAGCAAAAAAUUAUGGAGUUAGUCGCCCAGGGGAUGGCCUUCCAGCUGCAGUUUUCUGACAGCGCACAGCAACAGGACGGAAACGGAGCUGGUCCCGAAGCUGCUGGUCAAGAAACAGCAGUAGCGACCCCAAGCUCGUCAUUUGCAGAAGCUGGCGAGAUGCUCGGGCUCCAUUAA